AUGAGUGGGAAAUCUGAUAAGUUGCAGUCGCAUAAAAAGAAAACUGAGAAAAGAAGCGGCGAAAGUAGAAAGUACGCACAAAUAUCGUGUGAUUCGAUAUCAGCUACAGCAGAAGCUAAUGGCAUAUCAGCACUUAGUGAAGAUAUUAGGAAACAACUUGCUGAAGACGUAUCAUAUAGGCUUCGAGAGGUUGUUCAUAACUGUAGUGUAUAUUUAAGACAAAGUAAACGAAGAAAACUGUCAACUGCUGAUGUAAAUGCAGUUUUCCAGACUUCAGAUGUACCACCAGUUUAUGGACAUUUGAAUGAAGAACCAUUUAAUUUACUGUACAUUAAAGAAGCUGGCGUGUUUGUGCCAGAGGAGCAAGAUGUUGAUCUGGCAGUUCUUGCUUUGAGUAAUUUUACUGUCACUCAGAAGAGAGAGCCAUUUGUGAAAGGUACAUGGCUUCCUCCAGAUGGUAUUACAGAUGUCAGUGGGAACCUUCAGUCAGCAAAGGCAGAAGAUACAAAACCAUCAACAUCAAACUCUGAAAAGACUAACAGCAAUUCUCAGUUACCUUCCCACUUACUCUCUUACUACAGUCAUAUUUCAAAAAUUAUUUUGGGCAACUCAGAAAGCCUUAUGAAGGUGGUGCUGAAAGACUUGCAGAGGAACAGCAAAAUUGGUCCCAUUGUCCCUUACUUGCUCAACCUCCUAGCACUUGGUCUGCAGAAGCUGCCUAGGGGAGGAACUUAUGCAAACUUCAGACACAAGUUUCUUCACACUGCUGAAGCUCUGACACGUAACAGCUUCAUUGAACCUAAUGCUACCAUUUCAACGCAGCCCACCAACUCUGAGUUUCUUGUUUCAAAGGUUCACAGAUUAAUUUCCAGUCUACUGUCCUGUGUACUGGAUGCAACACUAAUAGAAGGGACAUCUGCAAAGUGUGAUUAUGAGCUGAGAAAUAUUACAGCACAGGUGUUGGCAAAGGUAAAUAUGAGCAUCUUAGUGCUUAUAUCAUUACUGAAAUAA